AUGCAGUUGGAAGACUGGCUGGAUGAUUUAUGUGUCCGCUUUAUCAUCAAUCUACCACGUGAGGAACUUGAAUCCGUUGAACGUAUCUGUUUCCAAGUCGAAGAGGCACAAUGGUUCUACGAGGACUUCAUCCGGCCGCUCGAUCCGGCUCUUCCGUCGUUAUCCCUGAAAGCAUUCGCAUUGCGCAUCUUUCAGCACUGUCCUUUGAUGUCGCAAUGGUCGCACUAUCACCACAUCACCGCCUUCUCCGAGUUCUUGGCUUAUAAGACCCGUGUACCCGUUCGCGGAGCCAUCAUGCUGAACCAGGACAUGGACGAGGUGGUCCUAGUCAAAGGCUGGAAGAAAGGUGCUAACUGGAGUUUCCCGAGAGGCAAAAUCAACAAGGGUGAGAAAGACAUCGAUUGUGCUAUCCGUGAAGUCUACGAGGAGACAGGCUAUGAUAUACGCGAGGCGGGGCUCGUUCCGGAAGAGAAGGACGCCAAAUACAUCGAGAUCACCAUGAGAGAACAGCACAUGAGGCUGUACGUCUUCCGCGGAGUGCCACAGGACGCCCAUUUCGAGCCUCGUACUCGGAAAGAGAUCAGCAAGAUCGAGUGGUACAAGCUAUCGGAGUUGCCGACACUCAAAAAGAGCAAACAGCAGGAGCAAGGGCUGGUUGUGGCUAAUGCAAACAAGUUCUACAUGGUCGCCCCUUUCAUGCACCCGCUGAAGAAAUGGAUCGCUCAGCAGAAGAAAGCUGAGAUCAAGUCGCACCCCGGAGCCAGGCACCUUGUGCAGACUGAGGGAGAGCUGUCGAUGGAUGAGGCACCCCAGGCUAUCAAUGGCUUCACGCCUAGCCAGCUUCCUGCCCAGCUGGCCACCCCGAGCGAUUUGCCGGAACUCGCAUCAUCUCAAGAUGCUUCGUCUCAUCUCAAGCGCCUUCUGAACAUCAACGGCCUUGUUCCUGUCCAGGAUAAUCCUGCGAAUCUAGCCACCCCUGCGGACAACAGGACUAUCACCUCGAAGUCCAAUGCCUUGUUAGAACUCCUCAGGAGUGGCUCGUCGCAAGAUACUCUUCCGCAAGCCCAUGGACCCGACAAGGCUUUGCCGCCACUCGCUAUUCCAGAUGGUAUGCCACCAAUGGGGCCACCUUACCCUGACACGGCCUCUUUCCCUGGAUUCCCUCAGCAAGCUCAACAUUUGCGAGGCCCUGUGCCCAUGAAUCCUGUGCAAUUCCCGCAGACUCCAGUAUCUCGUGCACCGGUCUCGAGCAUUGGUGUACCACCGCUUGCUCGACCAGCUCAUGUGGUUCAUGCAGGUGCACCACCUGGUCAUCACGGAAUGCCGCCGUUCUUUGAGCAGAUGCUCUCGAAUCCUCCAAGGUACGAUCCUGUGCAAGCAAGCUUGCCCACGGCGCCGCAACCUGGCCCGGCUCCAUACCAACGAACGGGAGAUCCCCAAUUCUCUCAUUCAGCCCAGGCGCCAAAUAUCCAGGGAGCGACUGUGCCUCCUGCAAGCAAGCUUCCACCGCCAAAGCUUACGACUCACUCUCUUGCCUUGUUGAACGUGUUCAAAGACGACUCUCGCAGGACGCCCAAAACAUCUAAUGCGAGCCUAGUCCCACCAGCGGAGAAGGUUGCGCAUCAUGACAGGCGGCCCUCACAACACCAGGAUCAACUCCUAGGUUUGCUGAGAGGGUCUUCUGUCCCUCCACCCCCGGGGCCAGCGGAAUUGCCAGCCCAGUCUGUCUCUCCGCCCAGGAAACAGAUUCUUCAACGACCACGUGGGGAGCACGGCCCCGCCCGGCAUCCGGCAGCUCAUCGGAGAGUCCCAUCGGCCACGAAAGAUCCGCGGCAGUCUUCCGCAGUGCCCAGUCCCCUAUCAGGUAUGCCUCAGCCUAUGGCAUCUUCCAAGCCCUCUCCUAAAAGGGGAGUCAAUGGAUCGAAUCGCCGGAAUAAGAAACUCGAGCAGGCGCAAACGCUCGCGUCACCUAUUACGAUAUUGCCCAGGCCACAAUCUGCAAAGAAGGAACCGGGCUCGCUGCCGGCAUCCUCACAGUCAUCCCGGGCUCCUUCGCGCAACCGUGCGGCAAAGUCAGGCACUCCGGAGCCGGCGAAGCCAUUCCAGCCUCAAAUUCUCCGCCGCUCCGAUAACCCGAACAUUGUGGAUCUGUUGCCCUUGAAAGCUCAGGUGAACGAGCAAGACCAGCAGCAAGCCGGCACUCAGCCUGCCAUUCCCAGGCGGGAGUCGCAGCCUCAAGUGAACUUUGACCGCCGUCCAAGUCAGACGCCUGCUCAAAGAGAAGCCUUGCUGUCACUCUUCGGGAAAGCAUCUGCCUCACCGGGAGUUUCACCUGCUGAGCUUAGCACAUCGGCACCCAAGACCGCGGGUGCCUCUGGUGUCGUUAGCCCACUCACGCCAUUGAAUAUUACUGCCGCGUCCCCAUUUGGAAGUGGAGCGGACGAUGGCCAAUUCUCUCUUUCGAGCCGGGUCGCUUCGCCUGAUAACAAGGCAUUCUUACUUGGUUUUCUUGAAGGUGUUGCCAAGGGCAAUAAAUAA